UAUAAAAAUUUUAAAAAAUAAAUAAAUAUUUCAAAUUAUUUUAUAUAACAAUCUAAAAUAAUAUUUAAAAAAAAUUAAACCUAUAUUUUAAUGUUGGUUAGUUCUCGUUUGGAACUAAUAAUAUGUAUCGGAACUUCCUAAAAUAAUGUGAAAACAAAGUUAUUUUAACUCCUAGCUAUUUGGAUGUCUAGGGUUUGUGAGAAUAUAAACAGGGUGAUGAAGGGUAAUAGAGUUGAAGAAAGAUGCAAGAAAUGGAGAGACCAAAGCUUGAAGAAGAAAAGGCAAAAGAAAUGGAAAUCGAGAGGGACAGUGGUGAAAACUUUGAGAGAAAAAGGGUUGAAGGUUUGAAUGGAGAGAGAAGAAGAGAAGAGGUUGAUAAUAAAGAAGAAGAAGAAGAAGCAUUCAUGGAGAAAGCGUUUAAAGAAACAGAAGUGCCUCCAUGGACAAAGCAAAUAACAAUUAGGGCAAUGGCAACAAGCUUUGGUUUGAGUGUGGUGUUUAAUUUCAUAGUGUGUAAGCUUAAUCUAACAACUGGUGUGAUUCCUUCACUUAAUGUAGCAGCUGGUUUGUUGGGGUUUAUGAUGCUUAAAUCUUGGACAACUUUACUCCCAAAUAUUGGAUUCUUCAACCCUCAGCUUUUCACUAGGCAAGAGAAUACUGUCAUCCAGACAUGUGUGGUUGCUUCUUCUGGCAUUGCCUUUAGCAGUGGCACUGCAAGUUACUUGCUGGGUAUGAGUCCAAGAAUAGCUGAUCAAGCAGAGGGAGGAAACACUCUAGCCAAUGUCAAGAAUCUUUCUAUUGGUUGGAUGAUGGGUUUUCUCUUUGUUGUAAGCUUUGUUGGUUUGUUCUCCAUUGUGCCCCUAAGAAAGAUCAUGAUUCUCAAGUACAAAUUAACAUACCCAAGUGGAUCAGCUACUGCAUACCUUAUCAACAGCUUUCACACGCCCAAAGGAGCCAAGCUAGCUAAGAAGCAAGUUGCUGCUCUCUUCAAAUUCUUCAGUUUCAGCUUUUUAUGGGCAUUUUUCCAGUGGUUUUUUGCUGCUGCCGAUGGCUGUGGAUUUAUCAGUUUCCCCACAUUUGGUCUCAAAGCCUAUGAUCAAAGGUUCUACUUUGAUUUCUCAGCAACAUAUGUGGGUGUUGGGAUGAUAUGUCCUUACAUGGUAAAUAUUUCCUUGCUUUUCGGAGCCAUCAUUUCAUGGGGAAUUAUGUGGCCAUUAAUUGAGGCUAAGAAAGGUGACUGGUAUAGAGCUGAUCUACCAUCGAGUAGUCUUCAUGGCAUCCAAGGAUAUAGGAUUUUUAUUGCUAUUGCCACGAUGCUUGGUGAUGGUCUCUUCCAUGUCAUGUACAUGCUAGUCAAAACCUUAAUCAGUCUUGCACUUCAAUAUUCCAAGAAAAAGGACUCAUCUUCUGUGACUCCUGCAGCAAAUGAAGAGAGCACAAAUUCAGAAACUAUAAACAACAAUGAAGAAAGAAGAACCGAGUUCUUUCUAAAAGAUCAAAUGCCAAAUUGGGUAGCUUUCCUUGGCUACAUUGGUCUAGCAGUAAUCUCCAUUGUCACAGUACCAUUCAUCUUCCAUCAAUUGAAAUGGUACCAUAUUCUUGUAGCUUUUGUGAUUGCUCCAGUUUUGGCAUUCUGCAAUGCAUACGGAUGUGGUCUUAUUGAUUGGUCUCUUGCCUCCAAUUAUGGCAAGUUUGCUAUAAUCAUUUUUAGUGCCUCGGUUGGCCUCUCAGAUGGUGGAAUAAUUGCAGGUCUCGCUUCUUGUGCUGUGAUGAUGAGCAUUGUUUCCACAGCAUCUGAUUUAAUGCAAGAUUUCAAGACGGGAUAUCUUACCCUUUCAUCUCCUCGUUCUAUGUUCUUGAGCCAAGUUGCUGGAACUGCUAUGGGUUGUGUUAUAACUCCUCUGGUUUUUUGGUUCUUUUACAAAGCGUACCCUUUAGGAGACCCUGAAAGCACCUAUGCAGCACCUUAUGGGCUAAUCUAUCGUGGGAUUGCAAUUCUUGGCGUAGAGGGCAUCUCCUCUCUUCCCAAAAAUUGCCUUGCGCUCUCGAUAUCCUUUUUUGUUGGUGCCAUGAUUAUAAACCUGGUUACUGAUCUCUUGCAGAAGUAUGAAACCAAGUAUAGGAUCCACAGAUUUAUUCCAAGUCCAAUGUGCAUGGCAAUACCCUUUUAUCUUGGUGGUUACUUUGCCAUAGACAUGUGUGUUGGAAGUUUGAUUCUGUACAUAUGGGAGAGAAGGAACAAAAGAAUGGCAAGUGAGUUUGGUCCUGCAGUAGCAUCUGGCCUCAUUUGUGGUGAAUCUUUGUGGGGAAUUCCAGCAGCUGUGCUUUCUCUUGCUGGCGCUAGUGCUCCUAUCUGCAUGAAGUUCCUUUCUGCCUCUGUUAAUACCAAGGUGGAUAAUUUCUUGAAUGGUUGAAAAUUUG